CCAGCCGCUCGGCUUCCCCGCGGCCGCGCUCAGGGACGGCCUGCCCCACGGCUACCCGCCCUAUCUCGGCUACGUGAGGCCACAUAGUGAAAUGAGCCAGAGUCCUCAAUUCAGUUUUGAAUCUUUACCUCAGAAGAUUUGCCUGAUCUGUGGUGAUGAAGCCUCUGGUUGCCACUAUGGAGUACUUACCUGUGGAAGCUGUAAAGUCUUCUUCAAGAGGGCCAUGGAAGGGCAGCAUAACUAUUUAUGUGCUGGAAGAAAUGACUGCAUAGUUGAUAAAAUCCGUAGGAAGAACUGUCCAGCAUGCCGCUUGAGGAAGUGCUGUCAAGCUGGAAUGGUCCUUGGAGGUCGAAAGUUUAAAAAGUUUAACAAAGUCAAAGUUGUGAGGACACUAGAUGUUGCACUACAGCAGUCUUCAGGCCUUCCAGAAGAAAGCCAAGCUCUAGCCCAGAGGCUAUCCUUUUCUCCCAAUCAUGAUAUACAGUUUGUUCCCCCAUUGAUAAGUGUCCUACAGGGCAUUGAGCCGGAAGUUGUCUAUGCAGGUUAUGACAACACGAAACCUGAAACACCAAGUUCUUUACUGACCAGUCUAAAUCAGCUAUGUGAGAGGCAACUCCUUUCUGUAGUCAAGUGGUCUAAAUCUCUACCAGGAUUCCGGAAUUUGCACAUUGAUGAUCAGAUAACCCUCAUCCAGUACUCUUGGAUGAGUCUAAUGGUGUUUGCAUUGGGAUGGAGAUCAUAUAAGCAUGUCAGUGGUCAGAUGUUAUAUUUUGCACCUGAUUUGAUACUAAAUGAACAGAGGAUGAAAGAGUCAUCAUUCUAUUCACUGUGUCUAUCCAUGUGGCAGCUCCCACAGGAAUUUGUCAGACUACAAGUUACCCAGGAGGAGUUCCUCUGUAUGAAAGCACUGUUACUUCUCAAUACAAUUCCUUUGGAAGGUCUAAGAAGUCAAAGCCAAUUUGAUGAGAUGAGAGCAAGUUACAUUAGAGAACUGGUCAAAGCAGUUGGAUUGCGCCAGAAAGGAGUAGUGGCCAACUCGCAGCGUUUUUAUCAGCUUACGAAACUCAUGGACUCCAUGCAUGAUAGGCAAGAAAAGAAGAGAUGCUAAGAAGCUAACAAAGAAGCAUCUAAUGCAGCCUGGACAAGGGAUAGGAGCAUUUCUCUGAGAUAAAGCCUGAAGAGAGAAAUUCAGAGCACAAACUCUUAGAUUGAGUGUUGGGUGAAAGGAGUCUGGAGUUGUGAGAAAAGAUGCGGUCUCUUUCUUGUUGAUUCCUUCGGUGUUCACAAAUGCGGCACUUUAUGGACAUUCUUUGUAAGUAAACAGGGUUUCAUGUGAGGCCUGGACAAAAACAUGUUUACAUUCCCGUAGUGGGGUGUUAUACUAGAAUGAAAAAAGAGUAGACAGGCAACAUUAAUUUGCACACAGAAGUAACUUCACCCCAUCUGGUACAAAAUUAUCCUUGAAAGAGUAAGAGAUAAAACUCCUUUGAAGGAACCCACAUCAGUAUGGAUGCUGUCUGUCAGCAUCCAUUCCAGUGUAGCUGUUUGCUUAUGACAGUGGUUCUCAACUGGGGUCCCACGAAACCCCCCUGGGGGUGCUGUGACCCAAGUGCUAUGGUGGUAGUGGCAUCUAGGUAAAACUGACCUAUGUGUACUUCUGCAUUAGGGCUCUCUGAUCAGCCUAAAGCAGGCAGGAUUUGGCUGGGGCUUCCCAGUCUGGCCCCCACCACACUCCUUCCAAAAACAGGGGAACAUGGGAUCGUUCCACCUGCAUGCCUCUGUGCCUAGGAGAACCUUGCCUGGGGAGGGGUUAGACCAGGAAAUGUUGCAGCAUGAGACAGUUCUCUUGCCUGCUUUAGGCUCAUCAAAGAGCCCUAAUGCAAGAGGAUUGUAUGCACAUGCCACAGCCCUUUCUUGGCUGGCUGUGCAGCAGGCACAGGGCAGUUUUAUCUG